AUGAUCGAAAUACUUGGAGAAAACGGUGAACGAAUACGUAACGAUGAAACAGCUCUUCUUGGAUUUAUUGAAUAUGCUUCGGAUGAAUAUAAGAGUUAUAAAUUACCAUCACAUCGACAUGCCGGCUAUAUUAUUAUACUCUUCAAACUUCUUGAUGAACAAACUAAGCACGAAAAUCUUGAAAAAUCGUGGUUAAAUUGGUCAGGUGCAAGAGAAAUUUACAAAUAUUCACCGAGAAGUUGGAAUCUGCGACGAAUUGUAUUACAUAAACUGCCAACAGCAAAAAAAAAAACCUUUCGACCAUUUGCAUAUGUUUUAUUUUGUGAAUUUGGGAACAUAUUAAAUCCAUCAAAUCGUCUACAAGCAUUAGAUAUGGUAGAACGGUUAAGAGUACGAAAUUGUGGUUAUAUAUCACUUUAUCAGGUACAAUGGUCAUAUGAACGUCUAUCAAAUUCCCAUGAAGCAUCAUCAAAUUCAAAAGAAUUGUUAUCAAUUCCAGAUGGAAGAUGGGAUCGGAAUCCGAUGUUACGUGGAUUUUCUCAAGAGAUCAUGUAUCGCCUUGUAUCUUGA